UAUUGGACCUCACUUAAGAAAAUAUGGUUGGACAAGAAGAAGAUGAUUUAAGAUCUUUAAUUGAAGACACAGAUUGGGUACAGCUUUUUCCAAAAGACCAGCAAGAGAAAAUCAAACUUCUUUUUGUCAGAUUGCUUCACUACAGAACAAAUGAUGUUCAUAAACUUUUACGAAACCUGGAUGAAGUGCACAAAGGGAAGAUUUUAAUCAAAGCUAACACAAAUGAUUCUUGUGUGAAGAAUUUUGUUGCUGUCAUCAUCAGAUUAUACUGCCAUUGUAUUGAGAACAUUAAAUUGGCUAGAUCAUUGGAAAAGUUUUUACUGCCAUUUAAACUAGACAAUUCCAAAAGAAUUGCAGAUGAACUAAAUCAAUUUUUCUUGGGAGUAAUCCAUGAGCAUCAUCCAAGAGUAGAGAAACUCACUGCAGCAUCCUGUCUUCUAGAUCAAAGUGACAUCAUAAGAGCCACAGCGGAGCAGAAUAUGGAGGAUGUUCUUUCUUGGAUUCUCCAGGAGAUGAAUGAGGCUAGAGGUUCAAUAACAACUGAUGGUACUAACAAGGAGAACCUACUCAUCAUCUCUGCUUUAGUCAAGAUCAUACUUCAACUCUUUCAGUCUUGUCCUACUACGUGUUUUAUAGCAUGGAAAACCGGAUAUCAGGAUAACACCUGGCAAAUUCUCAAACAAAUUCUGCUUCAUUUGUUUCAGUUACUGGACACAGAGAUUCUCUCAGCUGAUGUUAAAAUGCUGUCUGGGACAGCCAGUGGGAUAUUUUUAGCAUCUGCUCCAACAAAUAACUUGUCAGUUGGCACAUUUUGGACUGUAUUCAGUAACAUAUUUCAAGGUAGCAGAUCCCAUGUUUCUUCUUAUGAAGAACUGAUGGCAGAAGGAGAGAUUGAAGAACAUUCAUUGCUACAGCUAAGACUUGGUGCUAUUGCUAUGGUUAAAGGAAUGCUAGCAUGUGCAAGUGACAUCUGUUUAGCAUUCCAUUCAAAGGACUCUGUGCCAUUUUGUGUGGAAUUAUUUUCAGUGGUGCAUGAAUUCUGCAUGGGACCAAUAUCUUUACGAUAUCAUGCCUUUAAUCUUCUGCAGACAUGGUUCAAUAAAUUUCUACAUUUAGUGUCUUCUGAAUUGAUUCAGAGUGAAGACUUCAUUGAUUCAUGUUUAAAUAAAAAGACUCUAGAUGUUGUGUGGCUUAAUUGGGAUAGUCCUGUUGACGAUGUUUCCGAACUAGCAGCAGACUCUCUGAAAUGCUUGUUUGAAGUGUGGCAGGUGGCUCACAAAGAAAAGAAGAUGGAAGAUGAUAAUGACCCACAUAAAUUUUAUUCUUCUAUCCUCCAGAAGCUGAAGAGUGUGCCAUGGUAUAUUAAGGGCCAAUAUAAAGUGAUGUCAGCCCUGGUGCCUUACCUAGGAUCACAGUUUAUAGUAAGUGAAUACCCAGACUUACCCAAGGAACUCCUUCAAUGUCUGACAACAAACUAUCUGGCCUCAGCUGCUGCUGAUGUGUACAGGACUAUUGUGACUGAUUUAAGGAGGAGGACAACAGAAGAGGAACUGAUAGCAGUGUGGGAAGAGACGUGGUGGCCCACUCUCCUGACUGGACUAAAGAGCAGAAAUCUACUUCAGAGAAACAAUGUCAACCAGUACUGGAUUUCUUCUACCACUAAGACAGCACCACACCUAGGCUCUCAUAUCCAGAACAAGCUGGAGAAAAUGCUGAAAAACACAACAGCUGAAAGAACAUGGCUGCUGUUGGCCUAUUUAUCUGUGUCAAAGGUGAUAAGGGCAACACAAGUGUCCACUUUACAGGGAGAAGACUUGAUACGAGAGGGACUGUAUUCAUGUCAGGAUGAAAUCAGAUCAGAGGCUUUAGGAUUACUGUGUAUAUGCCACAAAAAAUCAGAGCCAUUAUCAAAGACAGAAGACAAACUUCUCCGAGAAAUUCUUCCACUUAAUUUGAAAAUAGACUCAGCUCCAUUUAGACAACACUUGGCAGCUCAUCUGAAAAGACUUCUGAUCAGAGUUAGAGAUGGAUCUGUGGCCCUCAUAAAGUCAGGGAACUUGGGCACUCUAGAUGUGUCCCUGCAGUUUGUGGAAUGGCUGCACACUUUGUGUAUAGAUAACCUGGUUCCUGGUUCCAGCUACCAGAGAUGCAAAACCUGUCUGGAGAUACUCUCCAUCCUUUACGAAACCUUCCAAUACAAUGAGAAUGCAAAGCAAAGAAAAUCAUUUACUCCAGAGAGCACUAAGAAACUGAACAAUUAUGUGAAGGAGAGAGGAUUGUGGGAUUUCUUCUGUUAUCAUAGCAAUGGUGUACUAGUCAUGUGUUUGCUGGAUGGAGCUGAUGAUAUUCAAGAGUUGGCCUGUAGUCUGCUGUUGGAAUAUUAUACUUGGCCACUAGAUGGCAGUCCUGGUCCAUCUGGAGAUGGUUCAGAGGGCACACUGGAAUGUCAUCUGAUGAUGGAGGCACUGCGGUUGUGUAACAGUCCUAAACCUUACCAGAGCCAGAGUGGGGCUCUAUUGUUAAAACUCAUCUUCAAAAAAAGUGUAACAGAGAAUGGAUGGUGUUUUAUCAUACAGUCUGACCAAUGUAAACGUGACUUGACUUCACCAACAGGAGAUCCAGUUCAAGUCUUCCUCCAACAUAUGCUACAGGAAAUCCAGGGAAUGCUGGCCAAAUCCCAGAAUGCUCCUGUAAAGGCUUCCAAGUCAUCACCAAUCCAUGGAUAUGUGACUGCAGUUACGAGAUGUUUAACAGAAUGUUUAGAAUCACUGCAACAAAAAAGCAUAGAAAGUCUCACACAACAUUACCUAAGUUUGGUUGAACUAAAUACCCAGAUAAUCCAGACAAUGCUGAACAUCAUGGCCCGAGGCUCGGAGUCUGAGGGCUGUCCAUCCUUUGCUGAAAUAGGACAGGCUUUAGAGAGUUUAAUUGUGGAAAGUGAGGAAGAUUACAGUCAGAGUGAGGCUCUGUCUGGGGAACACCAGUACUUGUUAUCCUGGUGCUGGGUCAAUAUCAAGGAAAGUUGUCUUAGUCUAGGACAUUUGUCAGGAGCCUUGAUAAGUUAUUUUGAAAUUAUGGCUUUGGAAGUCAAGGUUAUCAGAUCAGUGGGCGAUACCUUUAUGAAAGUUCUUACACAGUGCAGACACAGAGGUGUUAUUGAAGGAUGCAGAACAGCUUUCACCGUGUUCUGUUCAGCUCUAUUUGAAUCAAACAACAAAGAAUUGACCUGCAUUCCUCAGAAUAUUUUAUUCAAGUCAUUAGACAGUCUUCAGUCAAAAGCUGCCUCCACAUCAACUACCAGAAAGUCAGCUGGUCUGCCAGUGGUAGUACAGUGUAUUAUCUCCUGUGAACGCCAAAACAAGAAGAAUGAAUCAAUGAAGAUAGCAUUGGAUCAGUUAUUCAAUAUGGCAGAAUUACCAAUAGAAGGAGUCAUUGACGACAGACAUGAUCUACCUCAAGUUCAUGCAUUGAACAUCCUUAAAUGUUUAUAUGGAGAUUCAAGCCUGCACGAGGCCCUGAUGCAGUUCAUUGAAAAAGCAGUGAUACUUGUGGUUGAGCAGUUUGGGUCACCAGCGUGGUCAAUUAGAAAUGCUGCUACAAGAUUAUUUAGUGUUUUGAUUACAAGACUUUUUGGACAAAAGAAGAUUAUAGGAAUGCAGGCCUGCAAUACAAAAUCUCUCCCAGAGUUAUCUGCCUAUUACCCAGAGUUAAUUCCUUACCUCCUUCAGAGUCUGGAGAGUGCACUACAAAGGGAGAUAACUGCCAUUCAUUCCCUACAUCCCUCUCUCUUUCCUGUUUUAACUAUUCUUUCACAUAUGGGAAGACUUGACCAAGAAGAUGAAUCAAAUGAGGUCCUACCCCUGAGGAACCUGGUGAGGAUACUCUUGAGAAGCCCUGUUUAUUUCUUGAGACAACUCUCCUCAGCUGCCUUUGUGUCUUUGGUUCCACUGAAGAUGACACUGAAAAUCAUCAGAGAGUUGAUAUCAGAAAUGUCACCAUCACCUGACAGCAACUUUAUCCAUGGAGCCCUGGUAUCCAUAGAAAUGUUGACAAACAGUUGCAAUGAAAUACCAGAGGAUGUUAUGCAAGCAAUUUUAAAAAUGUCAAGUGAUGUGAUCACCUUACCAGACAUAGUGUCGGCACAGUAUGUAAGACUGCUGUGUGGUCUGUUGAAUAAGGAGAAACAGACAACUAGAGCUGAAAUACUGGAAACAUUGAGAAAAUUCUGCUCAGAUACCGAGAGGAAAGAACAAAACAUGUCUAAGAAGCCAUUAACAGAGAAAGCCUGUAUUGCUUGUUUAUUACAACAUGGAUGCCAAUCUAUCUGUCUGAAAAUGCUCACUACACAGAAAGUAAAUGCAGAUGUGAAAUUGUUCUUGAUGGAGUUUUUUACUGCCAUAGCCAGAGAGGACAAAACCUUUGAAAUGUCCCCUGAUUUACUGCCAGAUCUACUGAAGUGUAUACUGGCAGAGAGUUAUCCCCCUUUAGAGAGUGCACUAAUUUCAUGCAUGACUGAACAGUACAUGAGACAUAGAACAAUAAGCCAAUCAGAUCUACAGCUUUUGAAAGAAGCAUGGCAGCUGAAUAGAAGCAGAGUGUACAAUAAAGGAAUUCUGGCUUCAGUUGCUUUGGAAUUAGGAUGUGUUUACCUGGAUGCAAGUUUUAGAAAUGAAAAUGUGGUGGCUGAAGAAGAUAUACUAGUCAUCUGUGAUGUCAUGCAUCACACCAGCAGCAGUAGUGACCUGUGUAAAGUGGCUGUAUGCCACAGUCUAUCGAUUAUUGGAGAAAGUGUACUAAGAUUAUGCCUACAGAAGAAAGGAGAAACAUUCAUGUCUUCAUUGUUAAAGUUGUUUUUCUGUGUAUGGAAUCUUGUACAAGAUGAUGAUCCUGAUGUCAGGGUGCAUGCUUCUAAAUUCAUUGCCUCACUCUCUCAGGAAUUUAAUGAGUAUGGAUCUUUGCAGUGCAAUACAUGUUUACAGGAAUGGAUAAGUUACUUCAGUGGGCAUUUCUGGUGGUCAACACAAGCUGUGAAAGAGAUCUUUCAAAAGCUGUACCAACCAACCAGUGUUCAACAGAUAUAUCUGAAAUCUCAUAAAGGUAAACAGUUAUAUGAAGCAGAGGACAACAGUUUCUUCUCGGAGGCCAUCUUCAAUUCUGUUUAUUUAUACCAAAUGUUACAGAAAAUGUUGGCACUGAGCACCACUAAUGAUGUAACACAUUCCUUUACGCAAGAGGAGAUUCAAGUUCACAACUUGAUACAGGACCUUCGUUUUGUUCAGGAACAUCUGAAAAUACUACAUACCUCGGUUAUUAGUGACCUCUGUGAGCCAGCUAACUUUAGAACUAUGGUAGAAUUACUACUUAAAGUUCAACUGUUAUUGGAGAUAAAACCAGACUGUUUAAGUGCUGAUGCCAUAUCUCAGCUGAGUGUCAGUUACAACAAUAUAACAAUGGAUAAGAAGACACCAGUGACUUUAACAAGAUUCCUAAAUAAUGCAUUCUGUUUUGUGUAGAUGGACAUUUCAAUAAAUAUUGAUGAUUUA